ACAAAGUACAAAUUAAAAAUAUAUAAGUAGCACGGUUAAGCUGCGAUACCAUGAUGAUAAAUACCAUCGAGCCUUACCGGUACAAUUACUUCAAAAAAAGAAUUGAAAUCACAUCAGAAGUGCUGCCAAUACUGAAAAACUCGUAUCUCACAGAUAUCAAGAACGUAAAACUCCUCCUGAUAUAUGUUAACGAACCUGUUUUGUAUGUGUACAGUGAAAAGGCCAGGAUUGUUGUUCGGAUUCGGUAGAACAGAUGGAAAUACCAGAGAAAAAGGGUAAACUGAGCGAAAUUUUUGAAUACUUUAUCACAUCUCUCUUCUAUGAUCUCCUGGUCGGUGAAUUUAACGGCAUGGCAGUGUGUAUGAGCAGAGCAGGUGAGAAUGAUGUGAACAUGUCGGUACUGAUUUCUGAGUUGGAAUAUGAUGAGGCGAACGAAAUUCUCAAGAACCCGAGUUGGCUUGUGCGGGAAUAUAAGUUUAAAAAUUGGGAUAUCGAAACAGAGUCGGAGACUGCAAAUAGCAAGAAGGAGUUGGAAGAUAAAAUUGACACAUGCGAAGAUACUGAUGAAAAGGAAAACAUGGAUCCUACUGCAUCGAGGGAAAAUGAUAAUAACACGAGAAGAGAACAUAAGAUUGAGAACAGAAA